UUUCAACAACUUCCACACACCCUCUCUCUAUCCCUCUCUCCUUCUUACCUCGAUUCACAGAGACGAAAGGAUUCUCCGAUCAUCCGCCGCUCCAACAUGUGCUACGGUUCCCAGCGAUUACCACCAUCCGGAGACGAAGUUACUCCUCCGACUGUCAGGUCCCGGCCGCCGACCGAUGUAAACACAGCGGUUGUGGAAAGUCUGAGAUUACGGUUAGCGGAGACCGAGGUACGGCUGCAGCAAGCUAGGGCACGAGAGGCCGAGCUCAGCAAAAAGCUUCGUGAGAUGAAACGUUUCGUAUCUGUCAUGGAGAUUCUUGAAUCGUAUCUUAAACGAAGAUUUAUGGAUCAACAGCAUCAACUUGCUCUUCUUAUCUCUCAAUCUCCGGUAUCCAAAUAAAUGUUCAUUUCCUUAAUUAAAAAAAAAACAGAAGUUUAUGUUUCGAUAAUUAGGAAUCAGUAUACAAUUCAUGUAUGUCAAUUUGUGUAUAAUAAUAGGUGAAUUUGCACUCUUGUUUCUUUGUUAAUGAAUCUGAUUACCGAAUUUUGUA